GCGCCUGCUGCGAAGAUUUUUUUCUCUUUCUAACUCGGGUUCGCGUGUGGGGUCCGCGUUCGUUCCAGUCGUUCGCUUUAGCUCAUGCGUAUACAAUGUUUGGCGUCCAGGUUUCGCGGAUUGUGCAAAUCGAAUUAUGUCGACUACUUUUUGUUGCGCGUAUACCAUCCGCAAAUCAUUCGUUCGUUUCGACUAAGAGAGUUGUUACAACCGGGUCGUUACAACAAGCGCAGCGAUUACUGACAGGUGUUCUCAUCACUUCACUUUCGAGUUGGUUGGACAACGUUUACCACAGCGAUCCGAAUUUAAAUUAUGCAUCGCGGUCCACACACAACCAGUGCCCCGGAAACCCAGCAUUUACUUUCUAUGCCAAACCUAGUUAAGUCCUAUGCUUCUGCGCUGUUACACUUGACAUGUUUGGACCUUUACUCAUCAAACAAAGUUACUUGAGAAUGCUACAUUUUGGCGAAUGUUUACUGCUCCAAGAAGUGUAAUUGUGCUUUCAUUUUCCUUUGGUAACUUCAUGGUUUAUUUUUAUUUUUUGCACAGGAGCAUGUCUGUAGAAUCUGCUUCGGAGAAUGUUCCUCUCCCAUCAAAUGAGUCCGACUUUCCUAAUGUCGUGGUGGACCCACUGGAGGAGAAGCGAAGAAAACGGUUGGAUAACUAUUUGCAUCGUAAAGACGUUUGUGUGGCUCCUUUUAACACCUGAUACUCUCUUCAGGCAAGGCGUGCACUUCGCAAGGCAUACAAGGAGCGUAAAAAGGCUCGGCGUCACUUGGAGGAACAGCAACAUCAGCCGGUUGUGUCCAUGCAGGACACAGGGUUGUCCGAUUGUCCCACGCAGCCAACUAAGCUUUCGCGCAAAGCGCUUUGCCAUUACCUCAGUAUGAGCGAAUCUCCUUGCUCCACCAAAAUUGUACUGGACUGUGGUUACGAUCAUUUGAUGUCCUUUAAGGGUAUAUGCAAACUCGCCAACCAAAUAUCCAGUUGUUACGCUUUCAAUCGUCGUUCCACCAUUCCGGUUCAACUGUACGUUACGGGUCUCAAUCCAAGUGGCUCCACUAGAUCGACAAAUGAUUCCAGUGUGCAUCUGAUAGAUCGAUUGUUACUGGUUGGCAGCGAUCACUGGGACAUCCAUCUCGUUGACGACGAUUUUUACAACGUUUUUGAUCAAAAAUCAAUUGUUUAUCUUUGCGCCGAGUCCCCUCACAUUCUUCCCGAUUGUUUUCCCUCAUCCACUCCCGAUCCGUCCUUAGGAGUUGAUCUACCAAUAUCACUGAAUGACAUCUUUGUAAUUGGUGGCCUCGUGGACCACAAUCACCGCCCAGGAUAUUGCUAUGAGCAGGCCACACGUCGUGGCUACCGAACUGCUCGGUUGCCUAUAAGCGAAAGUGGAAUACGAAUGAAUUGUCGUCGUGUGCUAAGCACAUUCGAGGUGUUCAAAGCUUUGGCUCCCGUCAUAGCUGGCACUUCUACUUGGUCGGAUAGCUUGGAAGCUGCGAUUCCGAGCCGGAAAAAGCUUAACUGAGCGAAGGCCUAAUUCACCUUCUGAUUUCUUGCUGUAAAAUAUGAGUGACUGAAUAUUGUGACUAAAUUCGGAAUUUUGUGUGUUACAACAUGUUUUCGAUUGCUGUAUCUUUGCUUAUAUUCGACGGUCCAUGUAAUUCCAUCCAUCGUGAACUAACAAGCAUAGCUUUCUUCGUUGAUCCAUCUCUCGAUCAUCUUGCUCAUCUUCCGGUCUUGUUUUGUAUUCAGGGGUCCACCUUGAACCUCCGCAACGCUGAUAGCUUCUACAAACUCAGUGUCGCCUCGUUCUUUCACUCUUAAUUGAGAACGUGAAGCACGUAGCGAUUUACUGUGCUAUCCGC